ACUUUGAGCCCCGCUGAGGCCGCUGCUGGAGCGCUGAGCUCCCCUGACACGUGGCCGGGCGAUGUUGGUGCGUCCCGCCUGGGGCUCCGUGCUGUGCCCGUACCCCGAGGUCUGCCGGCUCGGGUUGAACGUCAGCGUGCAGCACGCUUUAAAAUGGUGCUUUGGAGCUAAGUGGUUCUUGGUGCAGGUAAUUGGCUGAGAGAGCAGUUGCUGUAGGUUCAGUACCCUCGUAUAUGUGUGCACGUACCUGGAGGCAUUCAGGGCCGGACUGGAUGUGGCUCUGGGCAGCCUGGUCUGGUGGUUGGUGACCCUGCACAUAGCAGGGAGUUGAAACUUGAUGAUCAUCGUGGUCCUUUUCAAGUCAGCCCAUUCUAUGAUUCUGUAUAUGAAUGCAUGUUAACACUGAGCUCUUAAAUCAUUUUCUGUGCAGACAGUUGCUGAGCAGGAGCUGACAAGUGAGAUCAGCUGUGGGAGGAGCACCUACUGAAAGCCAAGGCUGAGCUUUAAAAUUCAGCUUUGAUACAGUAACACUGGUGCUGUUUUGUUUCAAUGAAGGAAAUGAAGUAAUCCCUUGGAGGGCUGUGAUCCUGCACGUGGGAAACUUCAGCUCAGGGCCACAGCCUGUGCACCUGAAAUAGAACUGCGGUGCUGUCUUAUGUUAUAGACAGGCCUGACAGAAGAGAUCUGAUAGAAACCAUUUUUAAAUACACAUAUCCUUUAAUUUCUGAUUUGGUGUUAGAAAGCCUGAGAUCUUCUUGCAAAUAGAACUCAGUGGUGUCCUGUGCUCGUUACUGAGCAGCUUCCCUGCAGAGUGAGCUGCUUCCUGGUAGGCCCACAGGCAGCGAGGGCAGAAAUUAAAUGUACUGUGCAGAAUUCAGAUGGAAACUUUGAUAGGCAGCGUCAUCUGCAGGGGAAAAAAAAAAGAAAAGCAUCUCUUCUGGAAGGCAGUGAGAAGCUAUUGCUAAACGAGCCACGGAUGGAGCUGAUAUUGCAUCAGAGCGCAGGGCCUUUCUGUGCUGUGACUCGGGUUAUCGUUGUGAUCUCCAGGGUUCGUAUCACUGCGUCAAGGUUCUGAACCAAAGUCCCAGUCCUUACAUUAUUAUGGCUGAGUAUCAAGCCUCUGGUAAUAAGACUUGCCUGUGGCCCAUCUUGCUGCACAGUGAUGUUAAUGCUAUCAGUGAUAAAUGUGGUAAAUAAUUGUGUGUUUUCUUAGCUUACAGGGAUAAGGGGAGCUGCUGGAUAAAUGACACUGAAGCAGAAAGGGUGUUGUAAAGUGAAAGGGCAGGAAGGUUGAGCAGUUUGCAGCCGUAAGCACAGCAACUCUUCCAGGUAGUGGAAAUUGGGACUACAGACUGUAUACAUUUUUUUUCUUGAAAACUGUUUUGCUUUUUGUUGCUUGUGAGAGUUACGUGCUGCCUUUUCAGCAGUGUAACAAUCACAGGUAAAUCAGAUAUCUCAUUAAAAGUAAGAGUAAGAAUUCCUUUGUGGAUGAUGUGAGGGAGAAGGAGGUAAUGGAACAAAGUAUUUUGUUUCAGUGUUCUUCAUGUGUCCAGGCAAGGCUCCAAGAAAUGAGAUCUGCUCUCUUUUUAAAAUAUACAUAAGGAAGAGAGAUAAGGAGGGACUGUUGUGUAGUUGGGGAAGGAGAGGCUGUUUCACUUGGCUUUAAGUCUCAAUGUCUGGGUCAGUUUUACACCCAAGCCUUGUUUUCUGUUCCAAAGUAAGGCAACAUUAUGAAAGAGGAAGGUGUGCAGUUAAACCACGGCCUGGCUGUGCGCAAGGCACCACCUCCACAUCAGCAGGUGCUUUGCUGUCCAGCUGCUGUAGGACACAACAACCUUCAAACUUUGGGACAACGAUCACCUGUUUUUUUUUCUCUUUUCUUGCCAGUUACGCAGACCGUGCUGCGCCUUGGUCGUGUGGAGCUGAAGCACCAUGGAGCAGUACGCAGCCAACAGCAACAGCUCCACGGAGCAGAUCGUGGUGCAGGCGGGGCAGAUUCAGCAGCAGCAGCAGGGUGGUGUCACUGCUGUCCAGCUGCAGACUGAGGCCCAGGUGGCAUCCGCCUCAGGCCAGCAAGUCCAGACCCUCCAGGUAGUCCAGGGGCAGCCGUUAAUGGUGCAGGUGAGCGGAGGGCAGCUGAUCACAUCGACUGGCCAGCCCAUCAUGGUGCAGGCUGUGCCUGGGGGCCAGGGCCAGACAAUCAUGCAAGUCCCCGUGUCUGGAACGCAAGGACUGCAGCAGAUUCAGUUGGUCCAGCCAGGUCAGAUUCAGAUUCAAGGUGGGCAGGCUGUACAGGUACAGGGGCAGCAGGGCCAGACCCAGCAGAUCAUUAUACAGCAGCCACAGACUGCAGUUACUGCUGGCCAGACACAGACUCAGCAGCAAAUAGCAGUUCAAGGACAACAGGUAGCACAAACGGCUGAAGGGCAGACCAUAGUCUAUCAGCCCGUUAAUGCGGAUGGAACCAUUCUCCAACAAGUUACAGUCCCUGUUACAGGCAUGAUCACCAUUCCAGCAGCCAGUCUGGCUGGAGCACAAAUUGUGCAAGCAGGAGCCAACACCAAUACCACCAGCAGCGGACAAGGGACUGUCACAGUGACACUGCCAGUUGCUGGAAACGUUGUCAAUUCAGGUGGAAUGGUUAUGAUGGUGCCUGGAGCUGGAUCAGUACCAGCUAUCCAGCGGAUACCUUUGCCCGGAGCAGAGAUGCUUGAAGAAGAGCCCCUCUACGUAAAUGCCAAGCAGUACCAUCGGAUCCUGAAGAGGAGGCAGGCACGAGCAAAGCUUGAAGCGGAGGGGAAAAUUCCCAAAGAAAGAAGGAAAUACUUGCACGAGUCUCGGCAUCGUCACGCCAUGGCCAGGAAGCGAGGGGAAGGGGGGCGUUUCUUCUCACCAAAGGAGAAAGACAGUCCCCAUAUGCAGGAUCCACCUCAGAACAAUGAAGAAGCAAUGACACAGAUGAUCAGAGUCUCCUAAUCACUGCUAACAUAAAAAUGUAACUGAAUUCCUGUCCCUUCUGCAAGUCUGUCCUACCUUAUCAGUGUAUCAAGCAAGUCUUUCAAUGGGACAAUCACCACAUCACAGCCUAUCCUUUUCUACAGACAAACACCACUUUUUCAGCGUGUGGUAAAGA